GACAUCACCUGCUCUCAGCACCGAGUGAAGCCUCGUGGAGUGAGGUUCAUUCAUGCAAAUGGAGCGUCUCCAGGUGUGGGGAUUCUUUGGCCUCAUCGUCCUCAGCGCUGCCCAGAACACCACAUACAGCCCCAACCCUACACCUACCUAUCUGCUGCUCGCCCCCAAAGCCAUCUGUCCUGGAGUCCCAACAUCAGUGUCCAUCACCAUCCUGAUCACCUCGCCAGUCACUGUGUCUGCCCUCAUCAUUAAUGGCGGCCAGACUGUGGCCUCAGACUAUGCUACAGUUGAAGGAGGUUCAACCAAGCUGCUGACUUUGCCACCUAUCAAAGGGAGCGAGUACCCGUACACCCUGGAGGUCAAAGGUCACACAGGCAGUGCUGAAGUUUUCUUCAACUCAACAGAGCUGCAGUUCAUCCCGAGUGGCCCCUCCAUCAUCAUUCAAACAGACAAAAUGAACUAUCUGCCCGGGCAGCAGGUGAAGAUCAGAGUGGUGUCCAUUCGCCCAGAACACCACGGGAAACCCUUUGUGGGCCCUGUGGACAUUAUCAUCAGAGACCCGAGGGGCAACCUGCUCAGACAGUGGCUGUCUCUGGACAGUGUCCUCGGGGUUGUGUCCAAAGAGUUUCAGCUGUCAGAUAAUCCACCUCUGGGUAAAUGGACCAUUGAAGCUACUGUCGGUAAUGUUACAAGAGAGAAGUGUUUCAACGUGGCUCAUUAUGUGCUGCCAAAGUUUGAAGUUGUGAUAGAAGCUCCGUCUUUCAUUUUUCAUGAGGACACUCUGUUGGGCACCAUCACAGCAAAAUACAUGUAUGGCAAGCCUGUUCAUGGACACAUGAAUAUAACGUUCCUCCUGAACUCUUAUGAGGUUUAUAAUGAAAACAGAGAGAUCGAUGGCACCGCAGACUUCAUGUUUGACAUUCCCGACGACGACUACCACACAAUGAGUAAAAGAGCUCUAGAGAUGAUCCAUGACGAAUACAUGGUUGACGAGUGUCUAAUAAUUGUGGCUCAUGUGACUGAAUAUCUGACAGGUCUCACAUAUAACAGCACAGCAAAGGUGUCUUUGGCAAAACAGCGAUAUAAAAUUUCCUAUGAUGGCUAUCCCCAAAUAUUAAGACCUUCUUUGAACUUUGCUGCCUGGCUGAAAAUAUCUACAUACAACGAUCAGCCACUGUCACUGGAGGAUCAGCAAAAGACCGUUCAAGUGUCAGUGAUGCAGCGAAAGCAAAGGCAGUUGUUCUGGGAAAUGGACAAGGAGGAAGAAAUGUUGCCUAAUGCAUCAAACAUGUCAAACCUUUUUGGGAUGCUGCAUCCCCGUCCAGAGAUGCUCUCUGAAGAAAUGGAGUUUCCUGUCCCUGCAGACGGGGUUAUACCCCUCAACAUCAAGGUCAUGGAUGAUACAGAAAUGCUCACAAUUGAUGCUUAUUUUGAGGACAGCCAUAACACUCUACAACUCUAUGUAGGCUACACAUCCCCCAGUAACUCAUACCUGCAGAUCCAGAAACCCUCUAUACCUCCAGAGAUUGGUUCACCCCUCCAGCUGCACGUUGAGCGGAAUUUUCCAAUGACUGAGAUCCACUACAUAGUGAAGUCCAGAGGUCAGGUGGUUUCUGCUGGGAAAAGCUCUGCUGAUCUAACUCUGGUCCCAGAAAUCACCUGGGCUCCUCUGGCCUGCAUUGUUGUCUACUGUGUGGAUCCUAGUGGCGAGAUUGUCAACGAUGUGAUGCAGCUACCCAUUCCCCUAGCUUUACAAAACCAGGUGUCUCUGAGCUGGAGCGACACUAUGUUGAUGCCAGGUGGCGAUGUCAAACUUAGGCUCAAGGUAGCGGAGCCCGGCUCUCUGGUUUGGAUCUUGGUGGUCGACAAGGCGACAAAGUGGAAAGGAUCAUACAAUGACAUCACCAAGGAGAGGGUGCUGAAGGAGCUUAAGAAGCACGGUGUUUCCAAGGCCGACGCCUACUCUGACAUGAUGAUAACGGGCGAUCCAUACUCUGUCUUCAAGACAUGUGAUCUUGUGGCAUUGACUGAUGCCAACUUAAACAUGAUGGAGCAUCCAAAGCCAGCAAUGGAGGAAGAAUAUGUCUUGCUCCAGACAGAGAGUUCACAUAUGGACCAACAACCACAGCCACGAGAGCGCUGGAACUUUCCAGAGACCUGGAUAUGGACCGACAUCAACACAGGUUAUUCAGACUCAGAAGAAAUAAGUCUGACUGUACCAGACAGCAUCACAACUUGGACAGCCACCGCCUUUGUUAUGUCUGAGAACCUGGGCCUGGGCAUCGUAGAGAAGCCUGCAGAGCUUACGGUGUUCCAGAAUUUCUUCCUGUCCUUGAAUCUGCCGGCCUACAUCGUCCGAGGAGAGGAGCUGCUGCUGGAGGUCAUUCUGUUCAACUACCUCCCGCAGGACCUGGAGGUCAUGGUCAUUGUUAAAGACAGUGACACCUUUGAGUUUGUCUUCCCGGACAAUGAGGAGCUCUCCACGCCCAGUGUUCGUUAUGUGUCUGUGGAGAGCCAGGGCGGAGCGUCAGUCCUUGUUCCCAUCAGGCCGCUGGUCCUCGGAGAGAUCACCAUCUCUGUUAAAGCCAUUUCAUCUGACCACACAUCAGACCACGUGAGCAGGACGGUGCUCGUCAAGGCCGAAGGACUCGAGCAGUGGUUUUCUGCCUCGCUGCUGUUUGAGGUUUCUCCAUCACAGUGGAGACUUUCCAGAGAAGUCUCAUUCACCUACCCGCCAGAUGUUGUGGAGGGCAGCGAGAGAGCGUCAGUGACUGCCAUCGGUGACAUCAUUGGUCCGUCCAUCCAAGGCCUGGGCUCUCUGAUCCGGAUGCCUUACGGAUGCGGGGAACAGAACAUGAUCAACUUUGCACCAAACAUCUACGUCCUCCAGUAUCUGAUUGUCGUGGGAGAGGCGGACCAGGCAACCACAGACAAAGCCACAGAGAAUAUGAGGGAAGGUUUCGAGCGAGAGAUGUCCUAUCAGAGAGAAAACGGCUCCUUUAGUGCCUUCGGAGACCGAGACUCAUCUGGAAGCACCUGGCUCACUGCGUUCGUGCUGAGGUGUUUCCUGCAGGCGCGGCAGUUCAUCAACAUUGAUGACCACGUGCUGCAGAGAGCGGCAGCCUGGUUAGGAGCCCAGCAGGAAGCUGAUGGGAAACUGAUGGAGCCAGGUCGGGUCAUCCACACCGAGCUCCAAGGAGGUCUGAACGGACCCGUCUCCCUCACUGCCUACGUCCUCAUCGCCCUGCUGGAAGACAGUGACAUCAAGGAUCAGUAUGGCAGCCAGGUGUCUGAAGCCCUGAUGUUCCUUGAAACUCGUCUGGCUAUCGGUGUCUCCAGUAACUACAGCCUCAGUCUGCUCACCUACGCUCUGGCUCUAGCCGGCAGCUCCAACGCUGACAAGGCACUCGGAGAGCUGAUGGGACGAGCUGAGAUGAGCGAUGGCCUGCCAAUGUGGUCCUCCCCCGACAAUGGCCUGUCGUCAUCGUGGCAGCCUCGCUCUGCAGACAUUGAGAUUGUGGCCUAUGUGCUGCUCGCUCAGUACAAACUGGGUUACAUUGCAGAGGGCCUCAACCUCAUGAAGUGGCUCAGCAAACAGCGGAAUUCCUAUGGAGGAUACGGGAGCACUCAGGACACCAUCGUGGCUCUGCAGGCCUUGGCCUUGUUCGCAGCUCAUGGCGGGUCUCAUGACAUUGACCUCAGCAUCAGAGUGGACACCCACAACGGGACCAGUGCUGCCCACUUCUACAUCAACCAGGUCAACUACCUGGUCCUCCAGAGCCAGCCGAUUGAACCAGAGAGGGAGCUGAACCUCCAGGUGACUGCAGAAGGUCGAGGACUCGCCCUGUUUCAGCUGAACGUGUUUUACAACAUCAGGAAUGAGUGGCCAAUGAGAAAGAGGCGAUACGCCACCGAACACGAGGCGUUUCAUCUAUACAUCGAGCUGUUUGACACAGAAAUAAACUCAGCACAUCUGUACAUCUGCAGCAGUUUGUCAGAGGCUCUGGGUCUGAAUGCGACGGGCAUGGCCAUCAUGGAGGUGGGUCUGCUGAGCGGCUUCAGCUUGCUGCCGGACGUCGACCUGACUGACAAGGUCAUAAAGAAAGUGGAGACCGAGCCAGGAAAAGUCAUCCUGUACCUGGAUUCUGUGACGACAGAAAUGAUGUGUGCACUGAUCCCUCUGGUGGUGGAGUAUAAAGUCAGCAAAGUCAAGGAGGCAGCUGUUUGUCUCACCGAUUAUUAUGAGCCAAGACGGAAGACGGUGAGGAUUUAUAAAUCAGAGUGGAGGGGCACGAUGUCCGCCUGCUUGUACUGUGGUGACGACUGCAGCAAAUGCAAACCAGACGAUCAUCAUGGCACCAGCGUCAUGACAAACAGCAGCCAAACCAUCCAGGUGAUCAGUUUAACACCUGCUCUGCUCCUCCUCUUCCUCAUCACCGUCUUCGGCAUGUAAUGUAUGUCCAACAAAUAUCUCUUCAGCUUUUUAGAUGGAUUUAACUAUUUGUUGUAUUUUUUAAAUGCAUUGACUAUAGUCCCUGGGAAACAUCAUAUAAAUGGUGUUUAACCUUCGUCAACUAACAUGUUUAUAUUUUGGGUUGGAUACUAUGUUGUUGCUGUAGUCUGACAAGAAGUUUGAAUGAGAAUCUGUUUGUGGUGGUAGCUGACGUGGGUUGGGGUAAUCGGUUUGUGCGAGUUAGACCUAGCACUGCUGCUA